AUGAGGAAGCAAUCCCGAAGUCGCGAUGGAUCGCAACCAGGAAAACGCCCGAACAUAAACAGGCAAGCACAAGAUGGAGCCAAGAGAUUGAUGGCAGAUUAUUUUUCGGAAUCAUCCGUGUACACGGAUGAGCAGUUUCGGCGAAGAUUCCGAAUGGGCAGAAAAUUAUUUUUGGAGGUAGCCAAUAAAGUUGAACAGAACAAUAAAUAUUUUGCUCAAAAACCGGAUGCAACGGGCAAGUGGGGCCUGACUUGUCUCCAAAAAUGUACAGCAGCUCUUCGUCAAUUGGCCUAUGGUCCCCCCUCGUAUGCCAUUGACGAAUAUGGAAGACUGGCAGAAUCAACUGCUCGGAAAUGUCUGAUGGAAUUUUGCCGCUCUGUGAUCCAAGUCGUUGGGGAAAAGUAUUUGCGGUCCCCAACGAGAUCGGAUAUUGAACGACUGUUGCACAAAGGACAAGAGCGAGGUUUUCCUGGCAUGUUGGGGUCACUAGAUUGCUGUCACUGGCAAUGGAAGAACUGUCCCACCGCUUGGGCAGGGCAGUUCAAAGGGAAAGAGAAAAAGCCGACGAUCAUUCUGGAAAUUGUAGCAUCUUAUGAUCUAUGGAUAUGGCAUGCAUUUUUCGGUAUGCCCGGUUCAAAUAAUGAUAUCAACGUUAUGGAUAGAUCUCCGAUUUUCUCUAACAUUUACAAUGAUCAAAUGCCUGCAGUGGAAUUUACAAUCAACAACCGUUCCUAUCAUACAGGGUAUUAUCUGGCAGAUGGCAUAUACCCUCCUUUGGCCACCCUUAUGCAAACUAUUUCAUCACCGGCUGAUCAGAAGAAAAAGGUAUAG